CAUAAAUAACCACAAAACAUAAUUAUUUGGCAACCGAAUGUCUUCAAUUGUCACAAAAUUAGACCUCCUACAACUACAUUAAAAAUAAACAGUUUUUUUUAAGUCUUCUAUGGGAUUAUUGCUUGAAAACAUAUGUUAUUCACGAAAAUUAUUGACAAAAUUAUAAAUCAAAAUUCAUAACCUUAAUUAUUUUUCAUAUUAAAGAUGUUUACUAAUCAGUUAUUUCGAUUAGGAAAUUCAGUAAGGCGUAUUCAAAAAACAAUAUGCGAAAAUCCAAGGUGCAGAAAUUUCAGUACAACAAAUGUUAAAAAUUUAAGUAAAUCAAUAGAGGAAAAAGUUGGUCUACCACCACGACCUAAGCGACCAUUAACACCAUACUUUCGAUUUAUGAAACAAGUACGAUCUAAUGUCGUACAAGAAAAUCCAAAAGCUACUGCUAUAGAUAUCACAAAGUUAAUCGCACAAAAAUGGGAGAAAGUCGACAUAAAAGAAAAAUUAAAAUUUGAAGAAGAAUACAAGAAAGAUCAGGAAAAAUAUAUAGAAGAAAAGUUGAAGUAUGAUAGUAAACUUACAGCAGAGGAUAGGCAAAAGUUAACGAAUGUAAGGAGAGAAAUAGAUAGUAAAAGAAAACGUAAAGCUAAACGUAAUAAAUGUAAGGAAUUCAAAAAACCAAAAAAAAAUCCUUCAGCUUUUGUGCUAUGGAUGCUUGAACAAUAUCCUGAACGUGGUUCGGAGCCAUUUAGAACGUUUCAAUUGCGUGUUGCACAACAAUGGAAAUCCAUGUCCGAUAGUGAACGAAAACCAUACGCCGAUCGUGCAAAAGAAAUGAAUGAAAAAUACAAAGAAGAGCUUACACAAUGGGAAGAGAAAAUGAUUCGAUUGGGUAACAUUGAUAUCGUACGUAACGAUUCAAAAGUUUUGAAAAUACCAUCGAAAACGAAUCGUCAACGUACAAAAACAAAAACUACACACGAAGCUACACAAUAGGGAAU